AUGUCUACUUCAUCCAACUCAUCUGUCAACGUCUGGUAUAUUACUGGUUGCUCAACGGGCCUUGGAAAGGCCUUGGUCCAAACUUUGUUGAAUAAUGGACAAAAGGUGGCCGCCACAUCCAGAGACAAGAAAGCCCUCAACGAUAUCUUUGGCCCAGACUCCGAAUCAUUCCUUGCUCUCCAAGUCGACCUCCUGGAUGAGUCCAGUAUCCAAUCAUCCGUUCGCCAGACCACUGCCAGAUUCGGUACCAUCGACAUUGUACUUAACAAUCCUGGCUAUGGUCUCUCCGGUGUGAUCGAGGAGUUGUCCAUCAAUGACAUCAAGGACAACUUUGCAGUCAACUUUUAUGCACCACUUGCUGUCAUCCGUGCCAUCACACCUAUCUUGCGUGCCAAGCGUAGUGGCUAUAUUAUCAAUGUGACCUCGAUAAUGGCCAACUUUGGACUACCUGCUUACGGCGCCUACUCUGCAUCCAAGGCUGCUUUGGAAGUUGCCACUGAGAGCCUGGCUGAGGAGAUGAAACCAUUUGGAAUCAAGGUGCUCACAGUCAACCCAGGUGGAUUCAACACUGAUAUCUACUCUGGAUCCAAGUUUAGAGUGGCCGCUCAGUCAAUCGAUGAUUACCAACCAUUCCACAAGGAGCAGGCCACCAAGAGCCUUGCUGAUUUCACCAAGGGUGAUCCUGCCAAGUUGGCCAACAUUGUAUUCAAGUUGGUCGUUGACAAUACCGCCCUGCCACUUCACAUCUACAUUGGUGAGGAUUCCAACUUUUUGGCAAAGCUCAAGGCUGAGAGCUGGUUGAAGGAUCUGGCAACCUGGAACCCAAUCACCUCCACAACCAACCGUGAUGACUUAUAA